ACAAAGGAACACAUCCGGCGGCCCAUGAACGCCUUCAUGAUCUUCAGCAAGCGCCACCGCGCCAUGGUGCACGAGAGACACCCCAACCAGGACAACCGCACCGUCAGCAAAAUUCUGGGCGAGUGGUGGUACGCCCUAGGGGUGGAAGAGAAACAGAGUUAUUACGACCUGGCCGCAAUCUCCGGGGAGCCUAUGACCCCGACAGAGCGGAGCGUGGGCGGGCUGGACUCGGCCCCGGGCUCCCGCCACCUGGGGAAGCAGACGGUCUUGGACGACUCGCCGUUUGAAGAGGCUGUCACGUUGCCGCGGCAACGGCCUCACAGUCUGUCGGCCGUACCUCGGGACGACGAGGCCAGCAGUGCGUUUGUUCCUUUUGUGCCCUCGGCUAUGAGUCUAAAGCUUCAGGAAAAGCGAACAGACUCGUCCCUACCUCACUCUGGCCUGCCGCGUGUGCCUUCUCUACCGCCCCCGCCACCAUCAUCCUCGCAGCAGCAACAGCAGGUGGCGUCAUCGCAAGCCUCAGCCACCACCACCACCACCGCAGCGUCGCAGAAACUGAGCGGUCUGCCGUUGUCGCGGCGAGUGUCCAGCGGGAAGAAUGAGGAAGAGGACAGCGACGACGACUCCAAGAUGGUCAUCUGUGAAGACGAGGAAGACAACAAGCCGACCAGCAUCGACCUGAACUGCCAGGAGCAGGUCUCUGACUCAGCCACAGAGAGCGACGUGGAGGAGGAGGGCCUCAUCGAGAACAAGGCCUUCCCCCAGCAGAGAUUUUCCCCCGUCAUGAAGCAGGUCCAGCCGGGUGUGAUUCAGCAGCCUACCCCGAUCAAACCAACGUCUAGUGGGAACAACAACCACCACCACCACCACAACAACAACAACAACAACAACAACAAUAAUAACAAUAACAACAUCUCAAGCAGCAACAGUUUUGGUGGGUACAGCAUCCUCAGCCGCAGCAGUGGUGGCAACAGCAACAGUGGGGAGCAGCAGCAGCAGCAGCUUUUCCAGCAGCAGGCCACACAUUCCAGCUUGCCGUCCCUCCGAUCGGCUGUCAGAGAGGCCGUGGGGGCGGGGCUAGACACCAGUGUGCCCCGCCCCUCUAGCACAGGGGCGGGGUUACAACCCAAAGGAGAAGUCUUUCAGGUGGAGAAGGUGGGCGGUGUGAAGAUCCACAACAUCACGGUGACCCAGGACGACAGCCAGCAGAUUGUCAUGUCCAGCGACACCACCACCACGCUGGGACGGCAGCACGACGGCCCCGUCAUGGGCAAAAUGUCCCGUGCCCGCGGGGUCAGAGCUCAGCAGUCCAGCAGCAGCAUCAACAACUACCACAGCAACGGCCGGCCGCCAUCGCAGCCACAGCAGCAACAACAACAGCAGCAGCAGCAUCAGCAUCAGCAUCAGCAAGGCCCGUUCAUCACGUGGACCACGUCAACCAGCACAGCUGCGCAGCUCAUUGCUGGCGGGGGCAUGCAGCUGAUGGUGAACAGCGCCGGCGCGCCCCCCCAGGACUCCGUCAGCCCGACCUUCGCCACCACCAGCAAGCCCAUCUCUACGCCUGUGCCCAUCGCGUCGAAGCCCCUCCCACCGUCCCCUGUGGCAGCUGGGGGCGGAGCUAAGGCUACGGUGACGAGCAUCCAUCCCGCCCCCUUACAGCCACAACAGCAGUUGCAACAGCAGCAGUUACAACAACAGCAGCAGCAGCAGCAGCAGCAGCAAGGGUUGAAGAGCAACGCAGUGGGAGCUAUUGUCCUGCAGGGUGGUCAGUACGCCGGGAUGACCAUCGUCAACGCCAACAGGUUGGCUGCCCCGCCCACUGUGCCGACCCAGGGUUUCAUGACCACGACCCUGCGCAACAUGGCACCACCGUCGACCAACGGAGUCACUGUAUCUCAGCACCAAGGUCAGCAGCCACAGCCGCAGCAACAGCAACAACAGCAGCAGCAACAGCAGCAACAACAGGCUCAUGUACAGCCCACAUUGUUCACGGCCAUCUUGAAGCCAGCCACGCCCACGUCGUACGGCUCGUCUCUCAACCAAUCACAGGCCAGCAUCCAGACGCUCUUCACUCAGGGCCAGGCGAGCCAGCAGCCGACCCACGUCAGGUGGCCAUGUUGGUCCAGCCCCCACCAGCCAUGACAGCAGGCACAGCCCCGCAACAAGUGCAGACGUUUGCUCAGCCAAUCGUGUGCCUGGCGAUGGCCACGCCCACCAACAUCUCUGGCCUUCAGGCGGCGUCCGGCCCGGCCGCCAGCACCAUGGUGACACAGGCGGCCCUCAUGCAGGGUGCGGCCAGGCCAGGCCAACAGAGGAUUCUCCUGCCUACCUCGCAGAAAGUAAACUACAUGCCGCAGGCUGUGACCUUGACCUCUGGCGGCAAAGGAGGGGAGACGAUCCAGGGGGUGCAGUACGUGCAAGCGUACGUGGGUCCUGUGCAGCCAGGUCAACAGUUGCUGGUCCAGCAGUCUCCAACUGCAGCCCCUAACCCCGCCCUAAGCCCCGCCCCGGCCACGCCCACCACACAGGUCCACGCCCCAGUGGGCGGGGCUGGACAGAUCCAGCUGACAGGUGCCCCGCCCACUUCCCAGCUGCACAUCACCGGGGCAACGGUCGGCCAAGUGACAGGGCUGGGGGCUCCCGGAGCUGCCCUGCAGUUAGCCCCGAAACAGAUCCACAGCCUGGUGACGGCCCAGUCCCCACCGCAGACUUCAGGGUCAAAGUUUUUCCAUGGUCCGAUGAGUGUGAUAGCAGUCCCUGCAGAGGGCAAGGGUUCGGAGAUUGGCUACAUCAGCUCCCCGAACUUCCUCACCAAGUCCAACAGGGUCAAGGCCACCACCGCCCACGUCCCCGUGGCAACGGAAUGUCUCAAGUCUGCGCCAGCUCAAUCGCCUAGAGGUCACAUCGCCAUGAACUCUCCGAUGACCAGCCCGGCACCAACACCAUCACCCUCCCCGGGACUCGGCCAAGGUCAUCCUAGCCCGGGACAAAGUCACAUGCCCAUGG